GACCGAUAUUAAAAAUCCAUUCAACAAAGAAAAAGAAAGAAGCAGCUGUACUGAGAAAGCCUUGGCUUCAUGCCCUCCCCAUAUGAUAGCACUGAUCCCAGUGGUUGGUCAGAGAGAUGUAUGAAUCUACCAAUCCUCUCGUCUACUCUUGGUGGUUGGAAAAACAACACUGGCUGGUGAUGUGCAUGAAGUCCUUUUGUGAGGCUCUCUGCCUAAGCUCACGUGUUCUCGGGAGGAGGAGGAUGCUCUAACAAAAUAUUUUACUCCCUCAGACUGGGCACAAUCUCUUCGAUGGACUUUUCAGUUAUGUACAUUAGCAGCACUCUGUGUGGAAAGUAAUACAGGAAAGCAGAGACUGGCGUUUUAGCGAACUUGGAAAUACACAACUGGGUCUGCGCACCGCUCAGACUGGAACAUUGCCAAGCAAUUGGACUAUGUGAGGUGAAAGGUUUUCCCAAAAGAUCUCAAGAAAGCCACUUUCCGAUCAGUUGGCAACAUGCACACCAGCAACGACUCGAUUAUCAGUGCCAUGGAACAGACGCUUCAAGAUCCCGAUGUAUUCCCAACCAAUGUCUCCUCUUGGUCCCACUGCUCUGUCCAAUUCUCCAGCUACCAGUUUGUGCUAAUCCCUGUACUCUACAGUAUUCUCUUCAUCUUUGGACUGAUGGGAAACAGCCUAGUGAUUUUAGUUCUGUGUCAACAGAAAAAUCUAAAGACUGUGGCCAACAUUUACAUUGUCAACUUAGCCACAGCAGACUUGUUGACCCUGGUCACAGUGCCAUUUUGGGCCACUUAUUACGCUUAUGGAUAUAAUUGGCUGUUUGGCUCAAUGAUGUGCAAACUCUGCAGCUCAGUCUUGGGCCUGACCAUGUUUGCAAGCAUCUUCUUCAUUACAUGCAUGAGCAUGGACCGCUACCAGGCAAUUGUCCAUCCACUUCAGUCUCAGCAACGGACGUUGCACCGGGCUUCUGUUACUGCACUGCUUGUUUGGAGUCUGGCUGCUUUGACCACUCUGCCCACCUUCUAUUUCCGAGAUACCCAACACAUUGAAGAUUUGGAUGUGACUGCCUGUGUCAUGGCCUUUCCAAAUGAGAAAUAUUCUGAAUGGUCAGCAGGGACAGCCUUAAUGAAGAACACUUUUGGUUUCCUGAUACCCAUGGCUAUCAUAGCCACAUGCUACAUCCAGAUACGGGUACACUUGAUGAAAGCCAGAGGUUUGGGGAAGAACAAGCAAAAAAGGGACCGCGUGUUAAAAGUGGUAGCCGCUGUAGUUGUGGCCUUCUUCAUUUGUUGGCUCCCGUUCCACGUUUUGACCUUCUUGGAUGCCCUGACCUGGAUGCACGUGAUCAACGAAUGCUGGAUUGUAUCUGCCAUUGACACAGCCCUGCCAUUUGGGAUCUCCAUGGGAUUUGCGAACAGCUGCAUCAACCCGCUUUUAUAUUAUUUAAUUGGCAGCCAGUUCCAGGACAAAUUGCAACAUUUGUUUAAGCUAAGACUUUAUCAGUUCAACAGCAACAGGCAAGGUUUCCUCUCAAGCAAAAGUAGCUCAAUUAAAGACACUGACACCCUGAAGGAUGCCAAACACAGAGAAGGAGACUCUGGAAGGCUGCAAACUCACCCAUUGUGGGUUUCUUGAGCCGCAUCUGGAAGUUAUUACAAGAGGACUUUUCUCCUUCUCUCUUUUGUUCUUUCUUGGAUUCUCUCUUGCCUGUUUUCUAGAACAAACUGUCCACUGAAGAUUUCUUGUUUUUGGUUUCCUUGGGGAUCUGCAGUCCUUUGGAAUGAAUGGCUGUCAUAUAUUAAUUCUUGUUUAACCAGGAGUGUGAUUUAUUACUAAGAAACAUCUGAAAAACAUUACACAUUCAAUGACAUUA